CGCGGCGGAGGGUGACAGCGCCAUUUGCGGGGUUCCGAGGUGUGCACAAAGUGUAUACCGUGAUGGGGGUGAAGAACCGCCCGCAAUGUUACUUCGACGUGGAAAUAAACAGGGCUCCAGUGGGCCGCAUUGUCUUUGAAUUAUUUUCAGAUGUCUGCCCCAAGACCUGUAAGAAUUUCCACUUUCUCUGCACAGGUGAAAAAGGAUUAGGAAAAAAAACUCGAAAGCAGCUUUGCUAUAAGGGCUCCACUUUCCAUCGUAUUGUAAAAGAGUUUAUGAUCCAAGGUGGUGACUUCAGUGAAGGUAAUGGACGAGGAGGAGAAUCUAUUUAUGGCGGAUACUUUGAAGAUGAGAAUUUUGUGCUCAAACAUGACAGGGAGUUCCUGUUGUCAAUGGCAAACAGAGGAAGAGAUACCAAUGGCUCCCAGUUCUUCAUAACUACAAAGCCGGCGCCACAUCUAGAUGGUGUACAUGUCGUCUUCGGCCAAGUGAUAACCGGUUUUGAUGCCAUCAAAGAAAUAGAAAACCUGAAGACAGAUGCUGCCAGCCGCCCGUAUGCAGAUGUCCGAAUCAUUGACUGUGGAGAGUUUGUCCCAAAAUCUGCAAGUCAUGUGACUGAACGCAAGAAAAAAGUCACCAUCUCCUACUCCUCGCACGAAUCCGCAACCAGCUCAGAUUCUUCAACGUCUUCUAAGUCCUCGGACUCAGAGACGGAAACGGAAGAAGAGAGGGAAAGGAGAAGGAAACGGAAAAGGAAGAUGAAAACCAAACACUCAAAAAGACGAAGAGAAACCAGGAGCAAAAAGAGAAAAGUAUCAUCCAGCCAAAAGAGCAACCAUAAUGGCGUGGACGAGGAAGAUGAGAAAGACAGAGAUUUAAACCCAAAGCGACAGAAACUAUCUGUAAGGCCUGAAGAGAUUCCUCCAGUACCAGAGAACAGAUUUUUGCUCAGGCGAGAUGUGCCAAAACCAGAUACUGAGCCAAAGCUUCAGGAGCCACCUUCAACAGUUAGUGAGCAGAAACCAGUGGUGUCGAAGUCAGGCCGUAAAAUUAAAGGCAGAGGAACAAUGCGUUAUCGUACUCCUUCAAAAUCUAGAUCGCAUUCGGAAUCGGAACUGGAUGAGGAAACCAGUGAAACACCACCUCACUGGAAAGAAGAAAUGCAGCGCGUUAGAACAUAUCGAGCCGCCAGCUUAGAGAAGUGGACCAAAGGAGACAAACUGAAGUCAGAGUCACGACGGUGGAGUGACAGAUCUGCUUCCCCGUGGUCUCGAUCAUGGUCACAUGAUGGAUAUUAUUCAGACGACCGCAGGAGGAGAAAGUCCAGCCGCUAUAAGAGACCUAAAAAGGAGAGGCGGAAAAUCAAAGCAAAGAAAAAAUCCAAGAAGCAGAAGCAUUCCAAAAGGCAAAAAAGCCACAAACAUAAAACAAAGGAGAUCUCUGUACCUUCAGAAUCUGUUCGUUCAUCAAGCUUCAAGACAAAGUCUUCACUUGAGCAUGAAAAGAAAUCUCCAUUGACAGCUUCGUCAAGGCACUCUUCAGAAAGGGUAUGGUCUGGAUCUUCUAGUCAUCUAUCUUCUUCGGGCAGUACGGCAUCUCGGUCCUGUUCUAGAUCAAAAUCCGGGUCCAGGUCUAGAUCAAGGUCUCAUUCUAGAACUAGGACCCGAUCCCGGUCCAGAUCGGGGUCUAGAUCUAGGACCAGUUCCAGGUCCAGAUCCAGGUCGAGGUCCAGAUCCAGUUCAAGCUCCAUAUCUUCCAGAAGUAGAUCCACAUCUAAAUCAAGUUCCAAAUCCAAGCACAAACGGAAGAGAAGUUCCAGACCACAUUUUGAAAAUCUAAACCAGAAGAAACUUGAUACAUCGAGGGUAGGUUCAAAGGAAAAUGAAAAAAUUGUAACGCAUGCUGCUGCGGUUGAAGCUGUUCCUGCUGUUCCAUUAAGUGAGAGUCCUCCACCUUCAAGGUGGCGACCGGGGCAGAAGCCUUGGAAGCCUUCAUAUGUUCGAAUCCAGGAAGCCCAGGCAAAGCUAAGUGAAACAACACCUACAUUGAGCAGUAGAGAUUCCAAAUGUUCCAGGGAAGAUGACCUAUCUCCAUCUUUACGGAAACAGCAUCGGAAUUCAGAAACUAGAAGGCAUUACAAUUCUGACCACGAAAGCAAUCGAAGUUCAACUUCAGGCUAUCAGAAGAGCUCAAGGAGUAGGGGGUUUAGUUCCAGGUCAAGGACUCGGUCCUCUUCUGGGUCAAGGAGUCGGUCUAGUUCUAGGUCACGGUCUGUAACUAAAUCCCCGUACUGUGAAUCCUCUUAUUCCAAGUCAUCCAGUCAUUCAUACGAGUCUGAAGAAGCUUGUGUGGCUAGCAGUGAAGAGAAGUAUGGAAAAAUUAAAAAGAAGAAUUCUGUUUCUAGUAAGCAAGAUAAAGAGCGGCAAGCAAGCUCUGCAGCCAGCAAUGCAAGCAAAGAGCGUAACACUGGAAAGAAAUAUGAAAGCAUUGAGCGCAGUGUGUCAUCCUCUCAUUGUUCUAGUGAGAGUGAUUCGGAUGAAUAUGAGAGAGAAAGGGGAAAAUCAGAAUCAAAAAGACUCGUUGUGUCUAACUCUAAGACAGAAUUUCCCAAAAAAAAUCGCAGCAGCAAAAAAUCAGAAGGAAAAAGUGACCGUUCCAGCAAAAGUUCUGCCAAGGACCAUUUAAAUGUGAAGGCAAUUUCAGCUGAUGAUCAGGUACAGAAGUCAAGGAAGAAAUCUGUGAGGAACAAAUCCUCUGAGAGGAAAUCUGCCUCGGGGUCUCAGAGUAAGGGUGAGAAAUCUACAAAAAAAGUACACAAGAAAGCAAGAUUGAAAUCUGAAACGGAGUCUGAAACUGAACGGAGUAGGAACAGUAAAGUGCAGUCCGGGUCCACCUCAGAAGAGGGAGAAUUGGUUCAGAAAUCUGAUGUCGGGGAGACUGAAGGGAAGGCGUCUGGAGGAGGAAUGAACUCGAGGUCUGAGGUUUGCAGUGCCAAAUCUUCCGCAUCAUCUGGCUCCGAAGUGGGUGGCAAGCAGCCGUCGGGCAGAAAGGCCUCUGUUUCCAGCAGCUCUUCAGGAUCAGCAAGCGAGAGUGAAAAGAGGCGGAAGAAGAAAGUGAAGCACAAACUUAAAAGUAAGAAAAAGUCAAGAUCCAAGAGCGCCAAGUUCAAGAAGAAAAGUGAAAAGAAGAAGGUCAAAAAGGUGCAAAAGACGAAGGAAAAAUUCCAUUGGCAACCUCCUCUGGAGUUUGGGGAAGAGGAAGAAGAGGAAACAAAAACUGAUGGGCCUGGCACACUUGAUGGGAAAUCUAAAGUCAGGACUACACCGCCCAAAGUGGGAAGCCAUGACACUGAAACCAAUGUAGUGAAUUGCACUGCCUCAAUAAAGGUCAGCCACACAGUCAAAGAGAAUACAGAACCCCAUGAAGCACCCCCUGUUACCUCAAGCCACAGAAAGGAAGUGGAAUCACAGCCAAAACAGAAGGGCGAUUCAGUGAAGGCUGAAGCUACAGUAGCAAAAGCACCAGGGGCAGCAGAGAAAGCCAGGACCCCACACCAGAAUGUCAGGAGCUCCACACCAGAGAAGUGCACUUCUGUCCCUGUGGCACAGAAAGGCAGCGAGGAAGCAUCACUUUCUGGAGCUGGUGAUUGCAAAGGAGCAAAGGGCACUGGAGUCAAAUCAGACAGCAGUGUGUCAGCAGAGAAAGGUGAGCAGAAUAAGAAUGAAAAGAAUGGUGCUGAGUCUGCCCAACCACCUGACGUCAAUGGGAAUGCAACAGAAGGUAGUACAAAGACAGAGAAUGAAUUAACGGAUAGUAAUAAAUGGAAACCUUUAAAAGUAUUACCAAAUGUACCAACAGCCAGCCCCGUAGUUAACACAGAGGUUAAGGUGGAGGCUGCUGAAUCCGAUAAUAAACCUCAAGGACUGAAAAUAGAAAUCAAAAGUAAAAAUAAAGUUAAACCGGGCUCCCUCUUCGAUGAAGUUCGGCGGACGGCACGGUUGAACCAAAGGCAGAGAAACCAGGAAACUUCGAGCGAGGAAGACUCGCUAUCGAGAGACAGCAACAGCAGGUCUCGUAGUCGAAGUACUUCACGUGGUCACUACAGAUCCAGCUCGAGGGACAGGACGCAUUCCCGCACGAGAUCUCGGUCAAGCAGUAGGUCAAGGAGUCGCUCAAGAAGUUACAGUUCUUCCUACAGUAGAACAUACAGUCGCAGCCGCUCUAGAAGCCCAUCUUCCAGCCGUCACCGGCGAUCUCGGUCAGACUCUUACGAUAGUUACGACAGUAGGAGCAGGAGUCGGAGUCGAAGCCGCAGUUACCACAAAUCGCGAAGGUCCAGCCGGGACAGGAGCUACAGGUCAUACCGCUCGUACAGCAGAGCGACCGGAGUUAUACUCCCGCCAUCGGAGCCACAGCGAGAGUAAGCAGGUACAGCUGAUGGACAGACCUCCAACUCCUCGUCCCUCGUGGAACACUUCCCUCCUUUUCCCCGCACAGACCCGGAACUAUUUAUUGGCGACCGAUUCAUUGGAGCCUUUUCUUUAAACCUCGGGGAAAAAACUGCAGUGAAGGCAGAACUUGAUGGUAAUGCUGCAGUGAGUUGGGAGGAAAGAAGGGGCUGUUUUGGUCUUUGUUUUUUUUGCAGAAAGUAAUGAAUUAAACUCUUUGCAACUCUCACUGAGAGGAAAUGUAAUUUGUACCUGCAGUUUUGUAUGUAAGCAAUAACAUUUACAUUUAUGUACUGUACUUACUGCAUUAUUCCGUCACAGUUUAAAGGGAAAAAAAUAGUAAAUUUUCAUAAUUCUACCUGGUCUCUCUCCAUUUUUGUCUCCAACCCUGUUUAUUAAAAGGGUAGA